GUCGGUAGUAGUCUGAAGUAGUCUGCGGGAGUCGGCAUGCGUCGGCUGUGUGCUCUGCUCGCGACUCUGGUCAGGACUCUGGAGGAUGAGUAUUGUUGUAGAAGGGUUGUGCUGACAUCCCACCCCACCUCCCAUGGUGGGAAUUUAAAUUGGCUGUGCCCUUUCUGGCACUCAAACGCUGGUCCUUCUGGACGGAAAGCCCAUGUGCACCAUCCUAACACAAUUAUACCACCAGAAGUGCUUCAAAUUGACGGGAAAUUAAAACUGGCAAGGUCCUUUUCAAGUCACGAACCCUGGUUCUACUGGAUAGAAACCCCAAGUGCAUCUCCCAACACAUGGAAACCAUCCAGAUGCAGGAGAGGAAGGUCUGAGGAUGGUGUUCGCUUAUAACCGAAACUAGCUCAUGGUCAUAUUUUGUCUUACGUAAAUGCGAUCUAGGCAUUAAUAGAUAAG